GCCGCCAGCCAGGGGAGGGGUGGCCACAGCAGCGAGUGACAGCCAGUCCACAUGGCUGGGGACACCGGGAUGGCCGGGAAGGUGGCCCUGCUCCUGUGGGGCACCCAGACCACCCAGCUCCUCGUGGAACCCCCCUGGAGGCCGCCAGUGCUGUGGGACCGGGUGACACUGACCUGCCAGGGCUUGGGGACCGCCGGUGCCACCACCUGGUACAAGGACGGGCGGCGCUGGUGGCAGGAGAGACACGACCGCCUCAGUGUCACAGAGAAUGACAUCUACACAUGUGACAGACCUGGCAGUGGGCUCAGCCCCCCUGUGACAGUCUUAGAUGAUGAUCUGGUGCUGCAGGUGCCAGCACGGGCGCUGCUGGAGGGGGACACGGUGACACUGCGCUGCCGGGGCCGGUGGAACAGCCCGGUCACCAAGGUGCGAUUUUUCAAGGAUGAGAAUAAUCUGACGAGGUCCCUGAAUGUGACCGAGCUGUCCCUGUCCCCCCUCCAGCUGAACCACAGUGGCAGCUACCGCUGCAAGGGCUGGGUGAGGUCCUGGCCGUCAGGCUCAGCAGCAGUGACAGUGACAGUGCACGGUGAGCACCCCCACGGCUGGAACUCCCAUCUCCUGACAGCCCCAAAGCCACUUCCCAGUGCACUCUGAGUCACAGUCCUCACCUCCCCUCUCCUUCCCUGAACUCUUUCUGGUGCCAGUGCUGGAGGGUCACUCAAACCCACCACGGGGGUCCCCCCUGACUCUCAGCUGCCUCAGCACCCCCAGCCCCCUGCAGCUCCAAGCCUCUCUCCUGCACUCCCCCUCCUGUUCUACCGGGACAGGCAGGUGGUGGGGGGCCCGCAGGGGUCCCUGCAGCUGCUGGCGCCUGCCGUGGGGGUCUCCCACUCAGGGAAUUACAGCUGCCAGGUGUGCUCCGAGGAGGGGAGGGCUGUGCAGAAGAGCAGCACCCGGCUCUGUGUCAUGGUAUGCAGUGAGUGUGGGGAUGGGCAUGGGGAGUCCCCAUUGCCUCCUCGGGUCCCCUGCCUGGGGACCUCCAUGUCCCCCUGACACAUUUCUUGGGUCUCCUCUGCUCUGCCCUGUGUCCCCUCACCCCUCUCUGGUGUGACCCCAUCCCCGAAAA